AUGGAGCGAGAUGAGGGAGGAGAUAGUCGGGUCCUCCCCACCUGCAUCGGUUCAGGUUCAGACUCGGGCGAUGAGGAAGUUCUGGUGUUGUUAUUCUCGGUUGACCGAAAAAACAUGCUGAGGAUUAUGGAUGAGUUCAGUUAUCUGACAUCAGCCUCAUCUGUUCAUCAACACAACAGGUUUGUGUCAGCUCAUGUUGGUGACAAUGUGACUUUAGGUUGUUCCUAUGAAGGUGGGGAUUCAGCAUGGAUCUGCUGGUACAUCCAACCUCUGGGACACAGACCGAGGAUCAUUGCUAGUGUCUUUGUGUACAGUCCAGACGCAGUUUUUUAUGAUGGAUUCAAGAACAAUCCUCGAUUCAGUCUGGUCAGAGAAAACCAGACAAGUCAGCUGAUUAUUUUACACCUGAAUGUUUUGGACUCGGCUACCUACUACUGUGUUCUCAACGUUGCACAAGUUGUGUCUUUUGCUGAAGGUACGACACUCAGUGUUAAAGGUCCAGGUUCUACCGUCCAGCCUGUGGUUCAUCAGUCAGUAUCUGAGACCAUGCAGCCAGGAGGUUCUGUGACUCUGAACUGUACAGUACAAACUGGGAGCUGUGAUGGAGAACACAGAAUUUACUGGUUCAGAACUGCUGGCAAAUCUUAUCCAGGACUUGUUUACACCCAGGGACACCGACAUGAUCAGUGUGAGAGGAACCCAAAUGAACAGACACACACCUGUGUGUACAACCUGCCAAUGAAGAACCUAAAUGUGUCUCAUGCUGGGACCUACUACUGUGCUGUGGUCUCAUGUGGACACAUUUUGUUUGGAAAUGGGACAGCAUUGGACUUCUCUUGUGAAGAAGGUUCAAGGAUGAACCCGUUGAUAUUUCUCAUGGCUGGAUCGUUGACCACCGUUCUGGUUGUUUUACUCACUUUCUCAACGUAUAAACUUACAAAAAAGCUUUGCUCCCACAACUCAGCUUCAACAGGAGAUAACAACCAAGACUUGGACAGCCUCUAUUAUGCAUCUAUACAUGUUAGAGAAUCCAUCGGAACAAAAAGACAGAAGAGUUCCAGGAAUGACACUGUUUACUCUCGUGUAAGCUACAAGACACCAUCUUCCUUGUUCAUUUAG